CACCGUCAACAUGGCAGUCUAGCGGUGCCCGCAUCUGGUUAAAGUUUAAUCGUAUGGAUUACCAGCAUGUAUUACUGUCAGUCUCGUCUAAUGUACGCCAUUCCGUGAUGACUGACGCAUGAGGUCGUUAAUUUCAUAUCUGAAACUACCACAGGGCUUCCAUAAGCUGAUGCUUAGAUACAGAACAGUAUGAAUAAAUGGAUACCGUUUUUGAAUGUUGAAAGGAAAGUACGGAUUUAGACACCAUGAUGGCUGACGAUCACCACCAUCAGUUCAGGCACAGUGAUACUGCGUCAGAAACGGAUUCUAACGAGGACAGCGUCUCUCAAUCAAGUUCUCAUGUGGACGGAAAUCCUGCGGCUCCAUCACAUGUCACCAAGCCAAGUCCGCAAAAACGCAAAAAUCGUAAAUCCAGGCAAGAAUGGGAGAUUAUAGAGGGACUGAGAGAUGGACAAAAGUGUGCAGACAAACCGGAGAGGCACUCCAACUACUUGAUGAAGAGACGCAAGUGGCCGAUGAAGGGCUGGCACAAGAGAUUCUUUGUCCUGGAGAAAGGAAUACUCACCUACGCCAAGUCCCCUUAUGAUGUCCAGAAAGGCAAAUACCAUGGUGUGAUAGACAUCGGUCUGGCGGUAUUGACCUACAAGCGUCCAGGUCACAGGAUCGACAUUGAUGCUGAGGAACAGAUCUACCAUAUUAAGGUGAAAGACAACAAAUUGUUUGAAGAAUGGCUAGCCAAACUGAGACACCAUCGUCUUUACCGACAACACGAAAUAUCCUAUGGGACGAAAGAGUCACCUCGUCUGACAGAGAUUACCUCCCCUACAGAAGAGUUGCCUCCCCUGAGAACAGCAAAUUUACCAGAGAAGACACUGACCUUGAAUUUGAAGAAAGAUGUUAUUCGGCAGACAAGUUUCAACAAAGGGCUAGCAGGGACAGGUCAAGGUCGGGUCGCAGCCUGGGUGCUGGACACUGCAGGUUUUGAACAAUGCAAUAAAGGUCUGAGCGAUGCCCAGAAAGACCUGUUUGAUCUCCAGGAGCUGCUGGAUCAGAUCCAGAAUCUUCCACUGUCCUCAGAUCCAGCUAUUGACUUCUCCGAACUUGAAUCUAGUGAGAAAAAGAAAUCCAGAAGAAGUCUUGGUAUUCGCAGCUCUAAGAAAAAAGAUAGAAAAAUCGGUAGUCCAACCAUUUUAAUGGACCCCAACACACCAACUUUAUUAAAUGUCCCGCCUGAACGCCUCCAUUCAAGUGCAUCCAACCCUAACCUGCUGAACCACUUUGGGGCACGCCCCCUGAGUCUCCCUGAUAACAUCCUGUCUUCAACCCACGAGGAGCGUAUCCAGGAAAUCAAACUACGGGAGAACUUUAUCUCAAAAGCAGAACAAGUCCACAAACAGCUGAAAUGUCUGCUCCACAUGAUGAGCACCGAGAGGGAGAGACUGAAGCAGACCGUGGAGAAAGAUUCCAGUUCCGCCAGCCAGUCCUCCAACACCAUCACUACUCUGAAACAGUCGAUAGCAGAGGCUCACCGCCAAAAUGCUGAGUUACGAGGAAAGCUUCUUCGUAUACACAACGAAGCAAAUCUGACUGAUUUUCCACAAACCACAACAUCGCCGCUUCCCUCCCCACACCUAGACAGGGACACUCCCCCUCACCAGCUGGGCCAGUCCCUGUCUGUGGACAGUUUCUCCAUGUCCGAGUACUAUGACGCUGAAGAAAUAAUUGAGACUCUCAGUGACUCAUCAUCAGAGCAAUCAGAAGACGAAGAAGAAGUGUCGAGUGAGGUUUCAGAGGAAGGGGAGACAGAUGGAACACCUAUUACGAGCACUGCUGAGGAGGUGCUUCCGUCAAUGUUCCCCACGGGACGCAGAUCUAAGCUACCAGUCCCCAAACCAGACACGGGGGACAUCAGCCUGUGGAACCUUCUGUACAAGAACAUCGGGAAAGACCUCACCAAGAUCUCCAUGCCUGUCACUCUCAACGAGCCACUCAGUUCUCUGCAGCGUCUGUGUGAGGAGCUGGAAUACUCCGAGCUGCUGGACAAGGUUGUGGAGUACGACGACCCGUAUGAACGGAUGAUCUACGUGGCAGCGUUUGCAGUGUCCUGCUAUGCCAGCUCGUACUACCGCGCAGGUCACAAGCCCUUCAACCCCCUCCUAGGAGAGACCUACGAGUGCAUCAGGGAGGACCGAGGAUGGAGGUUUAUAGCUGAACAGGUCAGCCAUCAUCCCCCUAUAUCAGCCUGCUACUGUGACUCCCGGAACUUCACCUUCUGGCAAGAUGUUCGGAUCAAAACCAAAUUCUGGGGCAAGUCCAUGGAGAUACAACCUAUCGGAUAUGUCAAUGUUUAUCUUCCAAAGUAUGGAGACCACUACAAAUGGAACAAGGUGACCACGUGUGUCCAACCUGCUGGUAAGUGUCACAACCUGCUGGUCGGUCAGCGCUGGGUGGACCAGUAUGGAGAGAUGACCAUCACCAAUGGUGGCAUCACCUGUAAACUUACAUUCACCAAGGCCAGCCACUGGUCGUCCAACAAGUACGAGGUGUAUGGGAGCAUUCUGAACCCUGAGGGGAAUGUGGUGCAUAAUCUGUUUGGCAAGUGGAAUGAGGCUUUCUUCUGCGGCCAUGCAUCGUCAGCCAGGUGUAUAUGGAGGCCAGGGGCCAUGCCUGAGGACUAUGAGCUUUACUAUGGCUUUUCAAGAUUUGCCAUUGAACUGAAUGAGCUGGACGAAGAACAGGCACGCUUCCUGCCACCCACAGACAGCAGGUUCCGUCGAGAUCAGCGACUGUUGGAAGAAGGCAAGGUGCAGGAGGCGGAGGCAGAUAAACAUCGCCUGGAGCAGAACCAGCGAGAACGUCGGAAGAAAGAAGCAGAUGUCACGUGUCAGUGGUUCAGCAAAAAAGAUGAGAGUGGAAAGGAGCUGUACGAAUUCAAUGGCAAAUACUGGAACAUGAGGAAGGAUCCUGGGUUUGCCAAAAUGUCUUUCAUGAAAUUAUGGUGAAGAGAAUGUAAACCUCAUCACGAGUUUAUGAUUGUACAGACUUUGCCAACAUCAAAGUGCCAAUGCUAUCUGUGCACCUGUGAAGAGAAUAAACCAAAAUUGUGACAGGGUCGAUACAUUAUUACGUGUGACAUCCUACAGAAUAUUUCCGAUGUAAUUCCUUCCAGAAUCUGCCAAAACAUGGCUGAACUGUGUGAAGUGUGUGGAAUGAAUGAGAAUUGUGGAGUGUUGUCAGAUGUAAUGGUGUUGUAAUCUUAACACUUUUUAUGGGAAAUCAUAGAGGAAGCCUGUGAGAGUAAUUUAUGAACUCACAAGGUUAUUUGGAACGGAGGAAACGUAUCAGCUGAUGUCAGUGGGAAAAAGAUCAUAUGGUUUAUUUUCAGACCUAAAAAUAGUUUAAUUAGAAUUACAUUUUAUAGUUAACAUACAAUUUGCUUCAGGCAUCUUGCACAAAGCGAUAUUAGUGUUACGAUUAUUGUAAGCUAAGCGUAAGCAUGGUAGUUACGUUUAUUUUCAGACCUAAAAAUAGUUUAAUUAGAAUUACAUUUUAUAGUUAACAUACAAUUUGCUUCAGGCAUCUUGCACAAAGCGAUAUUAGUGUUACGAUUAUUGUAAGCUAAGCGUAAGCAUGGUAGUUACGAUCACCUUACGGCAAAGAUGGAUUUCUGCAAGGGCCAAUCAUAUUGCUAGACCAAACUUUUUUAUGGCAGUUGUAAAGUAAUUGACAGUCAUGCAGCAAUACCUUUGUGCAAAUGGGCCCAAAACAGUUAUCUUGUAAAAAUACUCCUAACAGUAUAGCAUAGUAUGAUCCUUGCAUUUAAUUAACCCACAGCAGAAACCACUGAAGUCAAAUAAUUUGAUUUCAAUGAAACAAUUUCCCUCAGCAAAAGUGAGACAUGCUUCUAACCCAAAAUGUUUUAAAUCUAUAUCUUAUUGUAAAUAUUAAUGUGUUGUAAAUAUGCUUUUAUUGUAAAUAUCUUGAGAUAUUUGUGCAGAUGUAUCCUGCUUUCUAUGCAGUUUUAGUGAGCUUAUAUUUGAGUGUCAAAUUUUAAGAUGUCUACAUUUUGUCUAUACUGUAUGUUUGUAGUCCUCUCACCUUUACCAUUCAAAUAUUGUAUCAACCUGAUUGAUAUUUUACAUUUGGAUUGUUCUUCAGUUUCGAAGGUUUGGAUUGCUAAGAUUGUUUCAGUCAAGUGAUAAGGAUUGUGUGUGAUAUGUAGAUUGUUUAAGUGAAAUUUUAAGCACUGAACAUUUCAUCUUUGAAGAAAUCAGUAAUUUAUACAAGCUUCCUCCCUUAAAGCCUGAUUCCCCUUUUACAAUAUAAAAGCCAUGCCUAUUGUAUUAAUAUGUUAUUUAUAUAUACAAUGUAUUUACUUGGCAAGAAAGUAAACAAAUAUGAAGUUGUUGAUAACUUUCCUCAGAAAUGACAAUGGAAUAUACUAUUGAGAAAUGUAUUCUUUGCCAAUGAAUGCUUUUUAAUGAAAAAAGGUUUUUAAUAAUUAUCAAAUAUAUUUUGGAUAAUUAAAUUUUCUUAAAAUAAAAUAAAUAAUAAAGAUUAUUACAAUUUGUGGAAAAUACAUAAUGUCCAAAAUUCUGUGUUGGUUUUGAAAAUAGAUUGUUUGAUGAUGCUCAGUAAAUAAUUAGUUUGUUGAUCAUAAUUUAAAAAUUUCUUUAAAAAUUCCACCAACCCCUACAAUUCAAAUGGAUGCUCCCUAAUGCUAAAUCCAAAGAGAAUGCACAUAGUGGAGAGGAUAUGGUACAUGUUAGUUGGCACGUGUAAUAAUACAUUAAGGAGACAUUUAGUGCAGCUCAUAGUACUAGUCAUGCAUGAAAUCAACAUGCUAUGUACGCAUGUUCAUAUCAGUCUGUCCAUCACAAACAUUGAUAUUCAUAGGGUAUUGUGCGGCAAUGUACCUAUUGAACUGUCGUCCAGUUUUAUUAUCUUUAUUCAGGUGAGAGACAUCGAUAAACAAUAGGUUGUGUCAGUUUUAUAUCAACCAGUUUGAAUUUCAAAUAUUUUAAAUUAUAUAUAUAUAGCUUCAUUUUCAUCCAUUUUCUGACAGGAUUUCUGUUAUGCAAGUAGAUUUAUUUCAACCUGCUAAUGUUUCCAAGCAAUGUGUGUAUUCAGGGCUUUUAGAAUUAUAGAUGUGGUUUAGAAGAGAAUGAAUGAAGGCAUGGAAAGGAUGUUCUAUAGAUGUUCUAUUUGUUUUAUUGUAAAAAUGCAUGUAUGUCUGAUUAUUGGAUAUUUGGAAUGAAUGGGGUGUUAUAUGACCCUAAUUUACCUAUAAUCUGGUUCUUUAAUCUGCCAAAUAUGUGUGGAGAAACAGUAAUAUUGGAUGUUUGUUUCGCUGCCAAUGUAUAUGUAAACCUGUCAAUCAUCAUUUGAACCUUUUACUGCCCCCUUGUGUUUGAUAAGCAUUUACAUUAUUAGCUGUAUACAUGUUUGGGGCCUAGUGUAGAAAGUCAGGUUGGGUGAUUAUGCAUUUUGUAAAUAAUUUUGUAAAUAUGGAUUGGCUCUCUCUUGAAUAUUGGCAUCUUAUGCUUACAAAUAGAUAUUCAGUCGAACAUGGAGGUAGUGGAUUUAUUAAGAAUAUUAAUACUUUGUUAUUUGGAUGUCUUCAAGAAGAAUAUUAUCUCAUUGGUAAAAGGGGCGGUUGGGUGGCCUAGUGGUUAAAGCGUUUGCUUGUCAUGCAAAAGACCUGGGUUCGAUUCCCUCAUAGGUACAAUGUGUAAAGUAAAUUUCUGCAGUCCCCUGCCGUGAUAUUGCUGGAAUAUUGCUAAAAAUGGCAUGAAAACUAAAUUCACUCACUCACUCAUUGGUAAAAGCCCAUUCCAGGAUUUAACACACCCUAUUAAUAUUUUGGGUUGGUUCACAUGGGUUUGAACCCAGAUAAGCGUUACAUUGAAUGUAAUUUAACAUUCAAAAUUGAAGACCAGCAUCACUAAAUGGUUUGUUCUGUAUCCAGGUAAAGGCGUCAUGUAUUUAUUCCAAGCUCACACCCUGUAUUAUGGCUGAAAUAUUGUCUGAUAUGGCAUCAAACCCAAUGUCACUCACUUACAUAUUAGAGCUUUUCAUGGAGUGGAGGGGCAGUGGGGUAGCCCAGUGGAUAAAGCGUUCGCUCGUCAUGCUGAAGACCCGGGUCCGAUUCCCCACAUGGGUACAAUGUGUGACACCCAUUUCUGGUGUGCCCCCGUGAUAUUGCUGGACUAUUGCUAAAAGCACUCACUCACUCACUCAUGGAAUGUAACAUCUUAGACAGGUGGUGGAUAUUUAUAAAACAUCAUAUUCAUAGAAGGACACAUUCACAUUUAUCUUAUCUAAGUUUCACGAAACUGACCUCAUCGUAAAAUGAGCAUAUCACUCGGACGUGUCAAUCUGUAUGUUUUAAGAGCACUUUGAGUCUUUGAACUGGAGAGAAUCAUACAAUGUUUUAUGUCUUAAGGGAUCUUUGAUGCAUUUAUCUUAUCAGCUGUGUCCAUCAACUAUGUUUUUAUGUGAUUUUGUGGGUUUUAAUAAAUCAUGGCUUCUUAAGUUCAAAUACAGAAAAACCGAUACAGCUGAUAAUCAAAGUAUAUAGUCUUUUGAAUUUUUUAGUUUUCUUAGUUAAUCUAUCUACAUCCUUUUGAUAUUAAACAUUUUUAAUUUCUUAAAAUACUCUGUUCUGAUUGGUCACACUGAGGUUUCAUGUAACUUGCCAUUGAAGUAAACAGCCAAAUUGCAGUGUAUGUAAUAUCACAGUGUGUUUAAUGAUUUAACUAAGCUCUCUAAACUGCCUUGGCAAACUUUGAAUGAAACUUAGGCAAGUUUGAUAAAGAAAUGUAAGUGGGAUUGAUGUGUCAAAUGUUAUGGGUGAGAACCAGUCAUUCACUAUGUGAUGUUAGCAUGAUAUAUGCAGAUCUGCCUUAUGUAGAACCAGGCAUAGAGCAUUAUAUCCUUGAUAGUGAGUACACCUUCGUGUAUUUACAGUAUUAUAGGUGUACACGUACUGUAGUGUAUAUACUCUUGUCUUGCAGUGUACUGGAAACUGACAGACACAGUUUGACCCGAUAUUAAGAUGGUGGUGUGAUAUAGAGACUAAUCUUCAAGACACCAGUGAAUUCACCUUAGGGAAGUCAUAGUUACCUCCCCUUGUUCUAAGAGUUAUCUCCCUUGAGCUUGUGUUUGGUGGAUGCGGUGCUAAUGUGUGAAGCCAGAUCACUUUCAGAUUUAAUGUUGAAUGUGUGAAAGGAAAGGAAAUGAAGGUAGUGGGUAUAAUACACAUGCUUAAUAGGAUGUAAAGAUGUUUUUAUACUUAGUAGAAGGGACUCAAAGGGAACAUGAAAAUGAAUUUUUGAUCUCCUUUGUUGCUACUGAUAAAACUAGAGAGUGUACCUGCCAGCCUAUUCUUCACAAUAGAUCAAUGACAAAAACCUUUUUUGUGAAACCUCCAGUUCUUGUUUGUCAUUAAGUUUUUUUUCUGAAAAUAUUGGGAAAUUUGUUCUAUUGACCUAGUCCUUUUCUCACAUUAAUAUGGAUUUCUUGGUAGAUUUGCUGUAAAAUUGUGCAUUAAAAAUGAUCAAAAGAUACUUACUGAUAAGGGUUCACGACUCUGACUGUACAUACUGCAAGCCUUUAGUUGUGAGUGUUCCAGUAUACUGCCUAUGUGAACUGCCCAAAAGGGGAACAGCUGUGUGAUAAAGACCGUAUGCAUGGGCCUCCAUUCCACUUUGUCUAUUGAAUAUACAACCGUGUCGGUCCAGGUGUGUUUAUCUCACAUUAAUACUGCUGUGAUUAUCUUUGAACUUUCACUUUCUUGAACUUUUCCAGCACUGGUAUUAGUGAAUAUAGUGUAUCUUGACAUGAUUUGUUUUUGUAAAACAAAUUAAAAAUUGUGAUACAUUUUUUUGUAAAAAAGGUGUGGACGAACAAGUUGACAUAUUUAGAUUCACAUUAUAGUUAUUAGGUAUAGGUUAUCAGUUGUAAUCAUAAAUCAGAACCUACUUGAAUUUGGAAAAAAAGAAUAUUUUCCACACAACUGUUUUUAAUAGUGUUUUCAAUUUACAUUCGUGAGAUUAGAUGUAAAUGAUUUACUAAUGUUGAACAAUUUUGUACACUUUUUAAUUCAGAAUCACCCGCUUCUCGCUAGUGGGAGGAGACAGCUCUAACAAAUAGCUACACACUGUGUCAGUUCAAUGAAACAGAACCUUGAUUUUGGAAAAGAAUAUUUUCCACACAACUAAUUUUGGAUAUCUGAAGUCUGGAAGACUGGAGUCUCACCAAAGGUGAAGGGCCUAAGAAUCUGAGAGAAAUACUAUUAUGUGUUAGAAACAGAAAUAUGAAAGAUGUUUAAAAUAUAUUUGGGAGAAUUUCAAAACAAAAUGGUAAAAUCGUAGUUUUGAAUCACUUUAAACUGAGGCCUUGGGUCAUAGCAGUGAAUCAAAUGCUUAGCAGCUUUAGUUGUAGUUUCAUUCAGAAUGGCUUGGAUCUGUAUUUGUAAAUAUUGUACAGAUUAUGAAAUUAUUCAUUUGGAAGCUUUUGCUAAUGUGAUAGGUCUGAGUCUAGGCUCCGGGCUGUUUUUACGGGAAAGUGAGUUACUGUUAUUCUUUCCUUGAUCAAAAACACCGGCCGUGUUGUUUUGCAGUUACCUCCCUUUAUUUACUUCAGAGUUGACAUGUGUGCUUAACGUGCUCUGUGCUGAGUUGGAUGGAGUUCUUCCAUUUCAGAAUUUAUUAUUAGUGUUGUUUGAAAAUGUUUUAUAUGAUUUAUUUAUGAUUUGAAUGUGCAAAAUUAGUUCAGAUUAUUUUUUUAUCAUAUAUUUGGAAUUAUUUUUAACAAUAUGUUCGUAUGACUAGCAGUAUAAUGGAGUUGUUUCAUCAAAAUUGAUUUCAGAUACUGGUGUUUUCAAAGUUCAAUACAACUACUUCUAAUGUUACUUUGUCUCUUAAGGAAGCACUUGAGCGAUAAUCACUGCAUACCUGGAAAAAUGUGCAUUAAUGCAUGGAUGCAUGCAUAUUCAAAGGUUUGGAGCUACCUCACAUUUUCAGAACACAGAACACAAUCUAAUAUUGCUCUUUAUGAAAAAAUAAUGAAUUUUAUGAUCCAGCCUGUUCAAAAGUUUGCAUAAUUUUGUUAACUUCAUGUAAAUUGUUUAUUUAUUCAGGGCCAUGUUUUCAUGUGUUUACAGGAAAUGUCCACAAAGUGAUUCUGUUGAUUUUUUAGCUUUGGACACUUUUCAUAGACAUUUUAUUACUGAAAGAAAUUGAACAUGGAAGUCAAAAUAUUGUAUUUGAACAAACAUUUAAAAUAUCUUGUUGAUACCUGUACAGAUUUUGUCAUUUUCUGUAGCAACAUUCCCAGCUCUUUUACUUAUGUUGAUAUAUCCCCUAUAGUUUGUUGAUUAAUGCAUAUUAUCAUGAAUAUGUCUUAGAGGUCGGAAAGAUGAUCAAUGCAUAUCUGAUGACUUUCAACAGAUUCAUUUACAUAUUUUAUUCCUCUUCCACACCCUUUUCCUUCUCUCUAUCUUUGCUUAUAGAUAAAAAAAAUAUGUUUGAUUUCAUGAAGAGGCUAGUACUGUUGGAUUAAGUUAAACUUUGACCUGCAUUAUACAGACAACUAUAUUGAAUAUUGCUUGUUAUCUUAUGAUGUAAUAUAUUUAUUUUAAGCUGAUUAUAAACAUUUAUCAUUAUUUUAAGAUCAAAUAUGCAUAAAGUGUGUUUUAACCUUACAAGCACAUGUGAUUAUUUAUCAAAUAUAGAUUUGAAAUGUUUUUUAAAACAAAUGACACUGGUUUUAUGCUUAAUAGUUAUGAAUAGGAAAGACACAUGUUGACUCUUUGUGCCUGUGGUUGGUGUGAAGGCUUGGAGUUGUCAUUCUAUGAGUCAGUUUGUUGGAAAAUGUUUUUAAACAUGCAUCUCUGAUUUCCAUGUAUUGAAUUAUUGGGCAGAGUUAUGUUGAGUACUAACCGCUAUCAUUAUGCUAAUUACAUAUCAUUUAACAGUACUAGCUAUAGAAAGGAUGAGGUGUAUCAUUUAAUUUCUCAGAAUGUCAAAUAGAUUUACAGCAAUAAAAAAACUUUAUCAUCUUA